CGACAGCGCGGGCGCUUGUAGUGGCGCCGAUCGCAGUGAGGAGAGCCCGCAACACCGCGCAACACCGCCUAAGUUUCAGUGUUUAGUGGUUUUCAAGUGCGUUCCUCUUCUCAGGAUAAAGAAGAAGAGCAGGCCGCCGCAGGAAGACAAAAACGCAUAGACACACACCAAGGAGUUGUGAUGAUUGUGCGAGUCUAGCAGUGUGUCCAGCAAUAAAGUAGUAGGUAGUGCGUGCAAGAGGACAGUUGCAGCAGCGGUCGGUGGGUAGUUUGUGCACAGUGCGUCCAGUAAGACCGGUCAACGACGUUUUGCAAGGAAGAAAUUUGCAAGAUGGGGUGCACAUCUUCGGCGGAGGAAAGGGCGGCUCUGGCGCGCAGCAAGCAGAUAGAGAAAAAUCUCAAAGAGGAUGGCAUACAGGCCGCCAAGGACAUUAAGCUGCUGCUUUUGGGUGCCGGAGAGUCGGGGAAAAGUACGAUAGUAAAACAAAUGAAAAUUAUCCACGAGAGCGGUUUCACGUCGGAAGAUUUCAAACAGUAUCGACCGGUGGUGUACAGCAACACGAUCCAGUCUUUGGUUGCAAUCUUGCGGGCGAUGCCAAAUCUCGGAAUUAGCUACGGAAACAACGAGCGAGAGAUCGAUGGUAAAAUGGUGUUUGACGUAAUUCAAAGAAUGGAAGACACAGAACCGUUUUCGGAGGAACUUUUGGCGGCCAUGAAGCGAUUGUGGGCCGACACGGGCGUGCAAGAGUGCUUUGGACGUUCCAACGAGUACCAACUCAACGACUCAGCUAAAUAUUUUCUGGAUGACCUGGACCGACUGGGAGCGAAAGAAUACCAACCCACAGAGCAGGAUAUUCUGCGGACUAGAGUUAAAACGACGGGUAUCGUGGAAGUACACUUUUCGUUUAAAAACCUCAACUUCAAACUUUUCGACGUCGGUGGUCAGCGGUCGGAGCGAAAGAAAUGGAUCCAUUGUUUCGAGGACGUGACUGCGAUUAUUUUCUGUGUGGCGAUGAGCGAAUACGAUCAAGUUUUGCACGAAGACGAAACGACGAAUCGAAUGCAAGAAAGUUUAAAGUUGUUCGAUUCAAUCUGCAACAACAAAUGGUUCACGGACACAUCCAUUAUUUUGUUCCUCAACAAGAAAGAUUUGUUUGAAGAAAAAAUUAGGAAAUCGCCGCUUACAAUAUGCUUCCCCGAGUAUGCAGGGGCUCAAGAGUACGGGGAGGCGGCCGCCUACAUCCAGGCGCAAUUCGAGGCGAAAAACAAAUCGACAACCAAAGAAAUCUACUGCCACAUGACGUGCGCCACUGACACGCACAACAUCCAGUUCGUGUUCGACGCCGUCACUGACGUAAUCAUAGCUAAUAACCUUCGCAACUGCGGCCUCUACUGAGCAAUUCGACAACCUAAACUAACUUACAUCAUUCGUACAACCCAACCCACCAACUAUCACUUCAGUCAUUUUUUUAUUAUAUAUUAUUACUAUUCGUAUUAUUAUGUACUUUGUUGAGCCAAAAAAUUACGAUUAUAAUUAUUGGGCUGGCUCAAAAAAUACACCACUUUUUCCAGCCACCCAAAUUAUCAGUGAUAAUAAUAAUAGUUAUUAUAAACCAAAGUUGAGUGAGACAUUGAAAAUGUGUUCUUUUUAUUGUUGUUGAAUAUCGAUUUAUUAAUUAGUUAAAUAAACUAAAUUCAAAAAAAUCUUCCAUUUCCCUAAAUUUAAUUUCUUUGAAAUCCUAGACAUCUACUUUUGUCUAAAUAAUUUACAAUGUAAAAUAAGUUGUGCACAAUUUAAUGUAAACGCACAUUUUUCGCAGAAAUACUUACUCAACAUUGUAACAAUGCAUUUAUUUAUUAACGUAUUAGCUUUUGUAUUUUUUUAUCCCCCCCCCCACAUAAUUUUGUUUAUUUCUUCUUUUCGUUUACAAUUCUAAUUAUUGUUAUGUAUGUUUUAUAAAUUUUAACAAGAUGAAUUAAACUAUAUUAUAUAUUAUAUAUUUUUAGUUUUUAGUUACCAAGUAAAACUGUAAGUACCUACAUGUGUGUUAAAUAAUGUGGAACAAAAUUAAAGUCAGCUCAAGUAGCAAAGGAUCUAUACCUACCUAUAAUAAUUAACAAAUAAUAUAAACAUUCUAAUUAACUAAUUAUAAAGUACUUGUAUGUAUUUAUUUUUCUUCGUUUUGGAUGGUCGCAAUAUAACAACACUCUCUAUUUCUCUCUUUUCUGCGCACAUUACCGCAUUUUUCCCAUCAACAACAAAAGUGUUGUUAUAUUAUGAAUGCAACUACGGAUGUUUUAAAUCGGGUAAAAAUGGACCUUUAAGGGGGUUCCCCUAAAUUCAAUGCGUCGAAUUGGCGACAACUUGACAUUCAAUUUAGGGUGAUCUCUUGAAAUAGAUUAAAAAAUAUACUAUACAUUUAAUGUGUACAUAAAUAUAUGGCGCUUUACCGUUCAAAAAAAUGUAGCUUCAGUAAUAUUUUCUAGGGUAGUUGUUGCAUUUUUUUUGACAAUUCAUUGUAACGUAAUGCAUUUUUGAAUAAUACGUACAUUCCUCAGACUUUUUGUAUCUCAUCUCUUACAAUUAUGUAUUUUUAUUUUGCCAUAUCUUGAACAAAUCGACACGUAAUUUAAUUUAUAAUAAUAACGCAAUUCACAAUAAUAAUUCAUUGUUAAUGUGAAUCACCCUGUAUAAAAUACAAUCACCCAUUAUAGGCAAAAACAAAAAUAUUAGUACUUGUCGUUCGUUAUUCAUAUUGAUUAAUAACGCACCGAUUAACAUAAAAAUAUACGUGAGAGCUCAAAAACCGCUCAUUGAUGUCAAUAAAAAAAGUUUCAAUAUUUUUUGCAUAAGACUGAUUGAUAAUGCACACAAAAACGCAUACCAAAACUAUAGUUGAAACUAAAUUAGUUACAAUUAAAGUUUUGUUUUUACUAUAGUAGAAAUAUCGGUAAAAUAGUUGUAAUAAAAGAAUGGUAUAUUUUUAUGUUAAUUUUUAUGGUUAUGAAAACGCGAUCAAGUCAUGUUGUGUAUAAAUAAAUAGGUUUAUAAGUAAUUAAUGUUUGGUAGUAUACUAUUGAGUCAUUAUAAGUUUUCUAGUCAGACUUUAUUUCUAAUAAUUGUAACUUUGGCAUUAUGAAAGUUUUUUGUAAUAAUUUAUUUCAAGAUAAAUAAAUUGAAGACACAAACGACAAUUGUUUUAAUUUUAUUUUUUUCAAUAGCUUCUACUACAUUUCGUUAUUAUUAAUUAGGUAAUUAAUAUGUAAUAAACGUAUAAAAGUCUACACAGAUAAAAAAGUAGUCCAAAAUGGACAUUUUAUUUAGUGUUAACCUAAAUAUUUCCUCUCUUGUAACAAUUUUUGCAUUCAGAUAUUUAGGUAGAUCGUAUUUAUUGAAUUGAAAAAUAAUUCUUUUACUCCUCACAGUUAUAUGGAUUCCACAACGAGUUUUAUUUAAAAAAAAAACGUUGUUCAAUCUACAAGCUUUCACAAUAAUAAUAUUAAUAUUAUUUCACAGUUUACAAACAUAUUUUAGACGUCUCAUGAUUUAUAUACAAAGCUUUAUCUAAACUUGAACAUCCAUACAUUUAUCAGAAAAAAAGUGUAAAUAUUAAAUCUAAAUAUGUAUCCACAUGUAUGUAAUCAUUUUAGAGGAACAUUUUGUAUAGGGUGACAUUUCAAUUGUUAAAUCAAGGGACGUUGUUUUAACGAUAAGCACUUGCAUAAGGUAAAUUGUUGCUUAGUUGUGAAUUUAAAUGAAAAAAAUUAAGUAUAAGAUUUAUGAGAUACUGCGAUAGUAUGAUGAACUUGUUUUCCAAUAAAUAUCAUUAAAUGUAACAUUCAUUACGAC